ACUUAUUAAUAUGCUCUAAUCAAAGCCACUUUCUUCUCAACUCCCACAAAUUACUUUUCCUAUUGUUUUCUUGAAAUUUUCAAGAAUCAAAUGGCAAAGAAUUAUCAAAUGAACAACAAAGAAUCCCAAUAUAAAAAGAUUUUCAAGUUGGAUAACAGAAAAAAACACAGUCCAAGUUUUGAUGAAAUAAAUAAUAUUGGGAAAUCAUCAAAAUCAACUAUGGUUUCAAAUGGAUCAGACAUGGUACUUAUAGAAUACAAUCAUCAAAAGCAAGAAACUAAAGAUGACGAAGAAGUCGUGAAAACAAUCUCUUGUGAAAAUAAGAGGUAACAAGUCUAAUGACAAUAAUAAUAAUGAAAAAUAUUUUUCUCGUUAUAUUGAUAGAGUGAAAAAUAAAAUGAGAACGACGACGACUUCAAGUGUUAAUGUUGCUGAUGGUGGUGGUGGGAUAAUUAAAAAGCCUCCUACAAGAAGAGAUAGUUUGAAUGAUAGAAUUUCUCAUUACAUCAAUCGCGCGAAGAUCAAGAUUAGAACUACAACAAUUGUUAGUCGUAAUGACCAUACAUAAUGUAACGUACUAUAUCAUAUAGUAUUGUAUUAUUGCUGUCGGAAUAAUGUUGUAUUUGUUUAGUUUGACGAAAUUAUGUUGUAUUAUCACAUAGUUGGAUUCAGGUAUUUCAUUUUAUACGUUUCUACACU